AUGACGCCGCCUUCUCCAAGGUUUUUCGAAGGUUCGCUCACACCGGCUAGUCAGGGCUCAUCGAGGCCCUCUUACGCCGGAUCACUACAUUCGCUUCAGAGUAGAAGCUUCGUGGAAGAUAUCAAGCAUGAAGUAAUGGUAAAUUACAUCUUUCAACAGCAAUGUGGGAGGCUAUGGGUUGGCGAUGGAAGCGGAGAGCUGGAGGGUGUCCUACUCCGGAAGCAUAGAGGAUAUUACAUGGCAUGUCCGCCGCAGCUACUAGAUUCCGCUUUUGCUCAAUACUGCGCAGAGUUGAAUGUUCAGGUUACUAUGACCGUAAACUCUCGAGUUGUGAAGGCAUUUCUCCAAUGGUCGCCGGAAGCAAGGGACGUCCCCCUCAGGAAUGGUCUACGAGUCCAGAUAUUACCCACGAUCGACGACCUACCCAGAGCCCGGAAGAACCAAUUCGCCGCAUUCAUAGCAUCUGAGCUGUUGUUGGUCGUUUGGGACGACGAAGCCAUGAACAUUAUGACGAGAGCAAAAGCAAUUGAGAACGAGCUUAUGGAUUUGGUAUGGAAGACUGGUGAACCGGAAGAGGAGGAAGAAGGCGAGAAGAAGCGACCUGCUAUUGUAGGGACUGAGAUCGACGAAGAGAGUGGCGAUUUCAAACCAGAGAAGAGGCCGACGCAUAUACAGAAUGCUGUGCUGGUUUGCUUUACAUUCCUGAUAAUUAUCGUUAUGUUAGGAGCAGGUUUUAGGGCGGUUGCUAUUGAGAUCAUGGUUGAUAGAGGCUAUGUCCGACUGGCUUUUCUUGCACUCACGCCUGUUCAAAUAUUCUUCACGCUUUUUUUCGUCCAAGUCGUCGUUGGAUGCAUCGUGCAAUGUAUCGGCCCCGUCCGCCAGAUGACCACUAAUUCACGAUACUACUCCGCGCUCCUUCCACGUAGACUUACCAGUCGAACUCUCCCUCACAUAACCAUACAAUGCCCAGUCUACAAAGAAGGGCUCGCUUCCGUCAUUGCGCCCACCGUCAAGUCCAUUAAACAAGCCAUGUCGACGUACGAACUUCAGGGAGGCUCUGCAAAUAUGUUCAUCAACGAUGACGGGAUGCAGAUCAUCGGUGAAGCAGAGCGCUUAGCUCGGAUUGAGUUCUACGCUGAUCACAGCAUUGGGUGGACUGCAAGACCCAAGGACGGCGAUAAUGGUUUCGUUCGAAGGGGAAAGUUCAAGAAGGCGUCGAAUAUGAACUUUGGGCUCAUGUUAUCCAAUUCAGUCGAGGAAAAACUUGCGCAGGUGCCUCGCGAAGAAGACUGGACUCAAGCCGAUGAAGCUCAAGAGUAUGACAGAUGCCUCAAAGAGGUUCUUGAGCAUAAUGAACACGCGUGGGCCGACGGCAAUAUUCGAGUUGGUGAUUAUAUUCUCCUAAUUGACUCCGAUACCCGCGUUCCUGCCGACUGUCUUCUUGAUGCUUCUAGCGAGAUGGAGCAGUCGCCUGAAGUCGGUAUCAUGCAAUUCUCGUCCGGGGUUAUGCAGGUUGUUCACACCUAUUUCGAAAACGGCAUCACCUUCUUCACCAACAUAAUCUACACCGCGAUAAAAUACACCGUCUCCAAUGGCGAUGUCGCUCCCUUCGUCGGCCACAACGCCAUCCUCCGCUGGUCCGCCCUCCAAUCCGUCUCCUUCACUGACGGCGAGAGCUACGAGAAAUUCUGGUCCGAGUCCCAUGUCUCGGAGGACUUCGACAUGUCUCUCCGGCUCCAAGUCGCCGGCUACACGAUCCGCCUCGCCGCCUGGGCCGGCGCCGGCUUCAAAGAAGGCGUAUCCCUCACCCUUCUCUUCAACUCUAUCCGCCUCCGGAUAACGCGUGGGCCAUUCACACCUCUUUUCUGCCGCUUCCUGAGCUCGAAUAUCCGCUUUACCUCCAAGACCACGACACUCUCGUACAUAGGGACCUACUACGCCAUCGGCGCCGCCUGGAUCCUGACGACAGUCAAUUACUUCGCCGUCGGCUGGUUCAACGGCUACCUGGAUAAGUACUACAUCGACUCCUGGAAAGUGUGGUUCAGCAUCGUGCUCGUCUUCAACGGGCUCGGCAACAUCUCAUUAGCCGUAAUGCGCUACCGCACCGGCGAAUCCGCCUUCCUCCCCGCGCUAAUCGAAAACUCCAACUGGGUCUUCAUGCUCGCGAUCUUCCUGGGCGGGCUGAGCCUGCAUGUCUCGCAGGCGCUGCUGGCGCAUAUGUUCGAGGAGGCGGAGUUUUCGAACUUCUUUAUUGAGGUGUCGAAGGUGCUGAGGCGGUUUAAGGUGAGUAUUGCGUUCUCGGUGGUUGGGAUAGGGGGCAUGGUGGUGCUGGCGAGGCCGCCGUUUGUGCCGCUUGAUUGGAGGAUUACGGAUUUUGUGGCGAUUUUGCCUAUGGCGACGGUGGCGGCGAGCCAUCUGCUGCUUCCUAUUGCGCUGAAUCCGGCGCUGAUGACGUUUUCUUGGUAG